UGGUAAUAGCAUUAUAUUAACCCGCAACGCGAUCCUGAAUAGCUUAGACAGGAUAACAUUAGGUGUUUGGAACAGUUCAGAACGGAUCAGUGUCCCUGAGUAGAACAGUCUGACGAUGAAAACACUGCUGGUUAUUCUGUGCCUAACUAUUGGCUCAAACUUCGCCAUGCGGCUGCAAAAGAAAGUUAUACCAACAGAACUUCGACGCGUAAUGGCUAACGUGACGUCGUUGGACUCAUUUCUUCGAGUAAUAUCCGUUACAAGGAUGAGUCGUCUUCGGGAAGCUGUCUCAGCCCUAAAUAAACGUGAAAAAGCUGCUGGUAUUUUGGCGAGGUUCAGCGAGAAUUUAGAGUUCCCUGAUCUUCCGUAUGUUAUUCUGGACAGCGCUCCGUGCGCUCCGCGUCCUGCUGUGGUGGAACUUCCCCAGCCUGAAGGCUCGAGCUCUUUUUACUUUCCGUUCUUUGUGACACUACACCGGUGCGGUGGCGCAUGCAAUGACAGACCCUUUGAAACAUCGUGCCAACCUGAAGGGAAAGAAGAUCUAAACCUUGUGGUGAGCAGAGUUGCUUGGUCGUCCGCCAAGGCCGAGCUGGAAGAAAUUUCAAACAAGUUUACAGCGGUCCGAGUGACGAACCACACUAACUGCUCUUGCGGGUGCAAGAUCAAGCCUACAGACUGUGAUAACAGGACACAGCAGUACUCUAAAGAACAGUGUAGUUGCCAGUGCAAACCGCGACCAAUACCCUGCCCGAGUAACUUCCGCUGGGAUCCUGUAAAGUGUCAGUGUAAAUGCGAUCCUACAAACAUUGAGUCGAAGUGCACAAAGCGUUUCCAGUUUGAUGAGAAAAAGUGUCGGUGCACUUGCAGCAAGAGACCUUGUAAACAACAUCUGAAGUUCCGUGACCCCAAGACCUGCCUGUGUAAAUGUCCGAGUACACGGUGCCCCAGCGGAAUGACAUUAGAACGGCGUACUUGCACUUGCCUUUGGAACGUUAGAAGAGUAAACGAGGAGCGUCGAUAAAGGAAAACGACGUGGAUGGCUGAUCUGUUCUUCGGACACACACGUGAUAGUAUUUGGAUGGUAUAAUCGGAGGAAAACGAAGGAUAGGGCACGGGGAAUUAAUGGAGCUCCCUCUCUACCCACCGUCGCUUUUCCACUCCGCUAGUCCCUUACUCUUCGGUAUUCCCUACGAUAGAAAGAACAUAAGACAAAAUCCAGUAGGAAAUCGAGAAAUUUCAGUUUUUAGUGGGCAACAACCUUGUACCAGAAUAAUUUUAAGUAUAACCUUUUUGCAUUUUCUGAAAGCUAAAGAUAUGAAUAGUUACCCGUAUCACGGCAACUCCAGAAACAAUUUCCCAUAUGGGAACUCGAGAAAAUAAAUUUCAAAGUUCAGAGAAAUUGUGCAAACACAGGUAAAAUUCCACCAUCAGUUUCAUUUCACCAGCACUUUCAAGUGUUUCAUUUGAACUUCAAGAUUCGUUUUCGACAUCUGUUGUUGUUAGAAAUGAUUUCUCUUGGCAACAUAUUUAAAACAGUCGCACAGAAGUUCGCAACACGAUGUAAGUAAUCUCGGUACAAAGUUUUUGUCCACUUAGUUGUUACUCGAACUUCUGGUGGAAACCAAGUCUCUAUUGGUAGAAUUACAAUAUGAUGUCGUAAAAAUCGCUUUCUUAAUCCCCCCCACCACCACCACCCCGGUAAAAAACGAAUUGAAAUCAAGAUCAAUCUGGUAAAUACGGUGUGGGUGGAUGCAUGUCUUAAUAGAGAGAUUAAGCAUGACGUUACGUCAAACGGCAAACGGCAAACAUGAAACUUUUGCCGUCUGUCUUCAGCUGUC